ACUGCUUGUUCAGUUCGGCUUCCACCGUCGUCCUCCCAUGGCACUGAGAGAGACUCGAACCACAACCUCUCUCUCUCCUCUCUCUCCAACGCCAUCAAAACCUCGACUUCAACCCCACAGAAUACUCCGAAUCGAUCAAGGAGAUCUACAAGGGCUAGAAUUGCAUUGGGACUAACAAAUUCAACGCUUUUGAUAUCGUUAAGCGAUGGUGGAAGCCCCCUCACCAAUAUCGGUACUCUAUCUUCCUACCUAUUUUUUGACAGUUACUUGAUAACAUCGGUGAAGACUGAGCUUUGUUUGUUUGUUUGUUUAGUGAGAGAAUAUAGCAGGAAAUUGGGGAAAAAAGAGAGAAGAAAAUGCUUAUUUUGAUGUACUGUUAGGGUGGUUUGGACAUUACUAUGGUACAUUGGCCGAUGCAGUAGUUAAGAGCAGUGAAAUGGCUACGGCAGAUGGUAACAAUUAAGAGAAGGGGAGGGGUAGAAAUUGACUCUCGAGGCUUUAGUUUGAAAGGGACACAAUGCGGUAGUUAGGAAACGAAAUGGGGGAUGGAAUUUUAAUGAUGUCAACCAUGGCGUCAAGGAAGGCCAAGAGCAGAAAUUGUAGACACUCUGGGAAGAUCAUGCAUGAAGAGCAUUCAAUGCUCUUGGCAGGAGAACGUGCGUAAGAGGAGAUAGACUGAGAGGUUGAGUGAUUGGUACUCCCAUGUAACAUUUUUGUAUUUCAAAAAAAGGUGAAACACUCCUCUCCUCUCGUGGAUGUACCCGUUCUACGGGGAACCACGUAAAUUCCUUGUGUUCUGUGUGAUUGGGUGUGUGUGUGUAUGAGCUUUUGGGCAAAAUCUGGGGACACAACCCUUUUGAUGAGUGAGGUGUCGAAAGGAUCUAUGUUUUAUUGAAUAUCAGGGAAUUGGAUGCGCUCAAUGGAGAACAAAUUAUGUAGCCGACCCAAUUGAUUGGGAAUUAACGUUUGGUUUGGUUUUGUUUUGUUUGGUAUAGUUUAAAUAUACGAAGCACAGAUAAGAUACGAGAUUCAAUACGGAUAGAAAGAUACAUAAAUUUGUUAAAUGUUUGUAUUUACUACAAAAACUUGGGUAUCGUGAGAAAAGGUUGUAAUCUUUGAAUGUAAGGUAUCAAUCUAAUAUGACUAAACCUUUUAAUUUCAAUGGGGCAUAUAAAAGCUUCAUUUGGUUGUCAAUGAACAAAUAAAUGACACAACGAAGAGCUGCGUCAAUCGAGAAAAUCUAAAAAAAAAGAUUGUGCGACAUUGGCUCUGUCUAUUUUCUUCUCAAAGUAGGGAAAAUACUGCAUUCUAAUGCUAUAUAAUCAAUGCAUCAAUUUCCAUUUUGUAGAAGUUUAGCUAUGCGAACUGAAUCCGAUAUUCAAAGGGAAAACAUAAUUUUCGGAUUUCGGACGCAGAAACAUGAAUGCUGGAUGCGAUGCCUUUCCGAUCGAAGUAUAUGUGUUUCACAGGUUUGAUUUUUUGGUUUUCAUUCAUGACUAAACAUUGAAAUUGUCUUGGAAAAGUCAUCACACCCUGUUUAUCAUGUAGUUUACUCUCCAAAUCUGGCAUUUUUGUACAUUUCCAUAGCAUGCUGGUCAAAUUAGCUUUCUCUAUUUAUUUGAUUCGAUGUAGAAUGAAACUGGAAUUUGUUGAAUCUUUUAGAAUUAAAACAGUGGAUAAUAUGAUGCUUAAUCUUGAUUCUUAUAUUUUCUCAGCAACCGACAGUUUAAAAUGUGUACGUAUUAACUCAUUAAAUGGUCUGAUUUCAAGAUUCCUAUGUACCUUGGUCCUUCUUAUGUUCAUCUUUUUAUUAUAGGUUUUUGUUUCAUAGGUUUAAGCACUGGUAUCGAGCUUAUCCAUGAUUAACAGUGCAGGGUUUGAAGGUGACUCCCUGAAUUGGAAUAUGUUUGCUUCUCUUUUUGCACGUUGAAACGAGUCCCAGGUGAAGUAAGAAAGUGGCGUCCUGUGGGAGCAGACCGUGGAUUUACAUUUAUUGAGUACAACCCUACUAUGUCGUAUCAUCGGAUGAAUCUUUUGGUGCGAUAUGGUAGGUGGUCAGCCAACAGGAAUGGCGAUGUGCUGGAGUCUUUUGGGUAUAAAGAUUGUUACAGAGUUGAUGUUGAUAUUCCAGAAGGAAAAUGGGCACAAGCUUUUAGUAUCCAUGAUAUCCUCAUCUUCAACACAGGACACUGUCACACUGGGUCUACCUGUGACGCCUCCAUUGCCUGCUGCUGUUGGCCUCGAUAGCAUUCUAAAGUAUAUGGUUGAAAAACUUUUCUCCCUGAUAAGUAACGGAACAAAUGUGGAGGUGCAGAUGGUGAACCUGCAUUUGUCCAUGGCCCUCAAUGGCUCUGCAUUCAAUAUAUUGGACCUAACCCACAUGUCUGAGUUCAGAGCAGAUGUCAAUUCAUCUUCGCCUUCAGCUGUUGGAAAGAAACAUGACAAUUGUAUGCACUGGUGCUUACCGGGUGUUACAGAUACUUGGAGAAUUACUUGUUUAUAGCUCAUCUAAGCAACAUCAAGGUGUGGAGCGGAGCUGAGAGGUAACUGUUCCAUUCUUACCGCAAGGGUUCAUUUGUUGUUGGGAAAACUGUAUAGUUUACCCAGCCAUUGUGUUGUUUGAACCGAUAAUGGUUGCAGUAGGUUUUAGUUAUGGCUGAGGUCGACUCAUGAGUAUUUUGUACCGAAAUGAUGUAGCCGACCCAAUUGAUUCGGAAUGAAGGUUUGGUUUGAUUUUGUUUAGAUAUACAAAGCAUGUAUGGGAUACGAGAUUCAAUACAGAUAGAAAGAUGCAUAAAUUUGUUGAUGUUCCAGAAGGAACAGGGCCCAA